CGCAGUGCACCGCCCGCAGCAACAGGUUCGACCCUCUCUGCAUUACAUUAUUAUAUAUUAUUAUUAUCUGUAAACCAGCGUCAGGAAUGACUUGUUGUCGCUUGUUUGAACGUGUUUGGUUGUUUAGUCAUUGACGUGUACGCGGAUCGUUGUGUUCGCGUCCCGACGCGCUGCUGUGAUACAAGUUAUUAGCCAACGCAGCCCCCCUUUAACUUCAGUAUUAUUGAGUGAAAUGACGUCGGUGCACGCGGUCUAGAGGAAGAACACAUAUAUGUAAUAAAUAUGUGCUAGGUUUUAAAGUUGGUAGGAAUCAUCAUUAUUAUUCAGCACCACAGUUCCUUAAAGUUGGAGGUUUGAAACAAGAAUUGUGGUGGUUGGCAUGUGGAGUCCUGUAGCGCAUUUCUUGUUCUACCUAAAAGCUCUCUGCACAUUUCAUUGCAUUGCACCACAUUCAAGGCACCGAUGCGUUUGGACUGACAGGGAUCAAGUAAACGCAUCAAUCAUGACAGAGAUGAGUCUUCACUGAGAAACCUUCCAUCCAGUUUUCUGCUUGUUUUUAUUGAUGUGAUGUAACUGUGUGGACCUGCUAGUGUCCCUCCAUCAUUGGGAUGUCCAGGCGAUUCUUUUACAAAGAAACAACAGUGAUUCAUAUGUUUCCCACCAGGAGGAGACCAGAGAGCCUCCUCAUGGGACAGCAGAAAUCUUGCAUUAAAUCCUUCUGGGAUGUUCGCUGAAAUUGAUUGGACAGCCGUACGAGAACAUUCUCCAUUCAUUCACCGGCCGCCACUGAUGUUUACUGUCCUUUUGGACAGUUGUUCGGCUGAGGACAGGAUGUGGACACUUCAGCUGGCUUUCAUCGGGUUAUGCCUACAGGUAUCGACUUGCUACCCAUCAUGCACUCUGACCGGACUCAUGGCUGACUGCAUUUCGCAGCAGCAGCACUGGGUUCCUGCUCUGACUCCCAACAUCACCCACCUCUACCUGGAGUUGAACUACAUCAGUGAGAUUAACAGCAGCUCGCUCAGCAGCUACGACCAGCUGCAGCAGUUAGAUCUGGGCAUGCAGAGAGUGCCGCUCGUCUUACGGAACAACGCUUUCCUCCGCCAGAGGAGAUUGACAAAGUUGGUCCUUGCGGCCAAUAAUCCCCUUCAGCUGGAGCCGAGGGCUUUUGCAGGACUCUUCAAAUUACAGGAACUGGAUUUGAGUUCCUGCGGCUUGGGGGACUCCAUACUAGCAGACAGCUAUCUGCAGCCACUCUGGUCCUUGGAAACACUCAACCUCGACAGAAAUGGAAUCGUGAGUGUUCGACCAGGACUCUUCUUCUCAAGACUUACAAAGUUGACACAGUUAAACCUCAAACUGAAUCAGAUUGAACAAAUGUGUGAAGAUGAUCUCGUUGGAUUCCGGGGAAAAUACUUCAAACUCCUAAAUUUGCAUUCAAAUAAAUUGUACAUCGGUUUUAGUGACAGCUUUGACUGGGAGAGAUGCGGGAACCCUUUCAGAGAGAUCGGUUUUGGGACCCUUGACUUAUCCACCAAUUCAUUUAGCGUGGACAGAGCGAGACAAUUCUUCAGAGCAAUAAAUGGCACUCCGAUCGCUAACCUCACCAUCUCUGGAGGCAUGGGCAAAGGCUUCUCACACAGCAACCUGCCUGACCCAGACGAGGGCACAUUCCAAGGCCUCGCGACCAGUUCUGUUAUCCAGCUUGAUCUCUCUAAUAACUAUAUAUAUUCUUUGCAGAGGGCUUUUUUAAGUCCGCUACAGGACGCGGUCAUUAUUAAUAUUUCCAAGAACAAAAUCAAUCAGAUUCAAAGAAACGCCUUCAACGGUCUUCAAGGACAUUUGCGAAUGCUCGUCCUGUCCGAAAACCUCUUGGGGGAAAUACACUCUCACACGUUCAGCAGUCUCACAGACCUGCGGGUGUUGGAUUUAUCUUACAACCACAUCGGCGUUUUAGGAUACGACGCAUUCAGCGGCCUCCCAAGAUUACGAGCGUUGUAUCUGACGGGAAAUUCCCUGCGAGUCCUGGGUUCUCCGGCGCCGCUACCAAAUCUAGAUUAUCUACUCCUGGGCGACAAUAAACUGCAAUCUCUUUUUGGAAUCAGUGAAUUUGGCAACAACAGUAUCCACGUAGACGUUGUAGACAACCGAUUGACUAACUUGCAGGACGUUUAUGAUAUUUCAGCUCAUUUCAAUCGUCUCAAGAAUUUCUUCUACGGGGGAAACAUCAUCAAGCAUUGCAUAAUCACUCCGCAAGUCACAGUACCUCGUAAUAAUAGUUUACAAAUCCUGGAUCUUCACGACAGUUCCCUAAACACCAUCUGGGCGCAGGGGCAGUGCCUCAACCUUUUCCAUAGUUUAGAAAAUCUUCUCGGUCUUAAUUUGAGCCUCAACUCACUGUCGACUCUCCCACCAGGGGUUUUCCGCGGCCUCGGCUCGAUCAUAGAGAUCGACCUCUCGUCCAAUGCUCUGACCUAUCUGCAGCCGGACAUCUUUCCGCUCGGCCUGAUAAGACUCGACCUCUCUAACAACUUUCUGGCCUCCCUGGACCCAGAGACUUUUCGGUCUCUGAGCUUCCUCGGCCUGGCUGGGAAUCGGUUCCACUGUGACUGCAGUCUGGAGAGCUUCACCAGGUGGCUGAAUGCGACGAAUGUAACCUUCCUCAGCCCGGUUGAGGAGUACAGGUGUGAGUUUCCAGACGCUCUCCGCAAUCUUCCACUGCUGGAUUUCUCUGCGGUGGUCGAACCGUGCGUGGAAGACGACGAAAAGGCCGUCCAAGGACUUAAGUUUGCUCUCUUCAUCUUGUCCACUCUCGUGAUACUCGCCGUGGUCGUCGGCGGGAUCGCCUACGCCCGUCUCCGAGGGCGCAUAUUCAUCAUCUACAAAAAGGUGGUUGGCAGGGUCCUGGAGGGCCCGAAGCCGCCGCCUCCCGUGGACCAAGUGCAGCACGAUGCCUUCCUCUGCUUCAGCGACACCGACUAUGACUGGGUGGAGGCCGCUCUGCUCAAGAAGCUGGACAACCAGUUUUCGGAGGAAAACAUGUUCCACUGCUGUUUCGAGGCCAGAGACUUCCUGCCAGGCGAGGAUCACCUGUCCAACUUCAGAGAUGCCAUCUGGGGCAGCAGGAAGACCGUGUGCGUUGUCACCAGGGAGUUCCUGAAGGACGGUUGGUGCUUGGAGGCGUUCACUCUGGCCCAGAGCCGGAUGCUGGAGGAGCUGACCAACGUGCUGAUCGUGUUGGUGGUGGGAAAGGUGGCGCACUACCAGCUGAUGAGGUACAAGGCGGUCAGAGCUUUCGUCCAGAGGAGAGAGUACCUCACCUGGCCGGAGGACCCUCAGGACCUGGAGUGGUUUUAUGAGCGCCUCGUCUCACAGAUACUCAAAGACACCAAGUUGAAAAAGGUUGGCGAGGAGCCCGACAGGGGACCUGCUGAUGAGGACGGCGUCCAGCUCCAGGCUAUCAGAGCCGCCGCUGUGUGAACUCCGGCCUCCUGUUGAAGAAAGACUCGCUGCUGGGAUGAGGACCAAGUGCCCCCUGCAGGGGAGAACGAGUAUUACCAGCUUCAGAGGAAGGGAAGGCAAAGACAGACUUAUGCAGAACCUCUUCGGCCCUGAACAUUUGUAGGUAAUCAGAUAAUCUGUGGUAAAAAAUUCCAAUUAUGUAUAAUUCCUUUUUUUCAUGUGGAUAUUUGGUCAUUGUCCAAUUUUACAGCAUUACAUGUCAAUGAUAAGAAGUUAUGUUGUUGGAAUUAUUGUGUUGACUGGAUUAAAUGUUUCUGAUUAUUGAUUUAUAACUAAUAUGCAUCUGCUAAUCGCAAAUAUAAAAAAAUUCUAAUAAGAAAUAUACGUAAUAUAUAAAUAUAAGAGUACAAAUAAGUCAAUUUUGCAGAUUUGUAUAUUAAAUGCUUGUGUGCACAAAUAAACCAAUUGGGGGUCAGUA